AGCAGUAUCUAAAAUUACUUCUGGUAUUUUAGUUUAAAUUUAUAGUUCAAUCAUGAAAAUGUAUUUACUGCUCGCCGUCUUGGCUUUUGUAUGCGGAGCGCAAUGUCUUGACUGCUACAUGUACGUGGUGAACGAUUAUAACGGACUUCCAGAAUUGGACCAACCACCCCCAUCUGCAUGUCCUGGGAACGAAACACAUUGCGCCACUUUAUCAUGGACAAGUGUACUCAGCACCAAUGAAAAGGUUCGCUACCAAGAGGGAUUAUGCACCACCUACUCCGUGUGCACCCAGUUCUGUAAUACAUUGGCAGCAACUCCAACACUCAAUACACCACAAUGUCAACAGCAGUGUUGCACAGGUGAAGGUUGUAACAAGUUCCGUGGUAUGGUGCGUUUGUAAAUCUGGCAACAUUGUAAAGUAAAACGUAGAUUUCAUUGAAUGUUAAUUAUUAUACCAAAUUGCUUACGCAAUGUGCUUUCUUUGCAAUGAACUUUUAUGUAAAUCUGUAGCAAUAAACGUUAGUUCUAAAUAGUUUUAACAGUUCAAACAACUAAUUUUUUUUUCUCAAUAUUUCCACUGUGUUGGUUACAUAUUUAAACGAACUGUUUGCAGUAAAAUCUUCGUUUUCUAAUUAUAUCCAAGAAAGUUUUAAACUCUUUACAACAGUUUCCGCGGUAAAUAUUUUGCACAAAUGUAUUUUUUAAUGUUUUUUUUGCACAGCCCACUGGAGCAAAUGUUUAUAAUUUAAUUCGAAUAUACCAGCAAACAAAUAUAACGAAAACUGAAAAGCAA